AUGAAGAAGGCAGAGGGAGCUGUCGAGAUUGAUGAGAUUGUUGACAAGUGCUUGGAGGUGAAAGGAGGCAAGCCCGGGAAGCUGGUGAACAUUCCAGAAGCACAAGUCAAGGGCCUGUGCAGCGCUGCCCGUAUUGUCUUUCUGGAGCAAAAUGCACUGCUGGAGUUGGAAGCCCCUCUGAAGAUUUGUGGAGAUGUGCACGGGCAGUAUCAUGACUUGCUUCGGCUUUUUGAGUACGGCGGCUUCCCUCCAGAGAGCAAUUAUCUCUUCCUGGGCGACUACGUGGAUCGAGGCAAACAGAGCCUUGAGACCAUCAUCCUGCUUUUUUCGUACAAGGUCAAGUUCCCAGAGAACUUCUUCCUCCUGCGUGGAAACCAUGAGUGCGCUUCCAUCACUCGAAUCUACGGCUUCUAUGAUGAGUGCAAGCGACGCUACAAUAUCAAGCUAUGGAAGCAAUUCUGCGAUGUCUUCAAUUGCAUGCCUGUAUGUGCCCUUAUUGAUGAGAAGAUCAUUUGCAUGCACGGUGGACUGUCUCCGGAGAUCACUACUACAGACCAGAUCAAGAGAUUGGUGAGGCCGACUGACGUGCCUGACACCGGUCUUAUUUGUGAUCUCCUGUGGGCAGACCCAGACAAGGACAUUGCAGGCUGGGCCGAGAACGACCGUGGUGUCUCUUUUAUUUUUGGACCGGAUGUUGUCUCGACCUUCUUGCAGAAGCAUGAGAUGGACUUGGUUUGCCGAGCCCAUCAGGUCGUGGAGGAUGGCUAUGAAUUCUUUGCAAAACGCCAGCUCAUCACCCUCUUCAGUGCUCCGCAGCCUGGCAAGAAAAGAGCAAUCGAAUCAAGAACUGCCCCAAAUUUCUCGACAGCGCCCUCCCAAGAAUUGGUUGGUUCAUCAGUGCUGAGGCUGAAUAUGCUGAAUAACAAAUUUCUACAAAUUUCUUAUUUUGGGAGAGGCUCAAAUCUGGGAAAUAUGGCAAUGUUUCCAGUCCAUGCCGUCACACUGCCAUCGUAA